CUCGGAACUUGGCAACACUGAGCGACUAGAAAGAACUGUGGGUCGUGGUUUGCUUGUUUAUGAGGCUGUGUUAAACUAAGCAAUCCGGUGUAAUCCGGCGUAAUCGUUGCGAAUUUUCUUACCCGAGGAAAUCGCAAUGAACUCUUUAGGAACGUUAACGUUCGACGAGUACGGGAGACCGUUCAUUAUUCUCAAGGAUCAAGACAAAAAGAAGCGACUCACCGGUGUCGAUGCACUCAAGUCGCACAUCCUGGCCGCCAAGGCCGUGGCUAACAUCAUCAAGACAUCAUUGGGCCCAAAAGGGCUCGACAAGAUGAUGGUUUCGUCCGACGGUGAUGUUACUGUUACGAACGAUGGUGCAACCAUCUUGAAGAUGAUGGAUGUGGAGCACCAGAUAGCCAAGCUUCUGGUCCAGCUAUCUCAAUCCCAAGAUGAUGAGAUUGGCGAUGGGACCACUGGUGUUGUCGUUCUGGCUGGAGCACUUUUGGAACAGGCAGAGCAGCUUCUGGACCGGGGCAUCCAUCCGAUCCGCAUUGCCGAUGGCUUCGAGAUGGCUGCCCGCUGUGCGCUAACCCACUUGGACAAAGUCGCCGAGAGCUUCUCUGUCACCAAGGAAGACAAGGAGUUCCUGAUUCAGACGGCCAUGACCACGCUGGGCUCUAAGAUCGUGAACAAGUGUCACCGGCAGUUUGCCGAGAUCGCCGUGGAAGCCGUGCUCUCGGUGGCCCAGCUGGACCGCGGCGACGUCAACUUUGAGCUGAUCAAAGUGGAAGGCAAAGAAGGCGGCAAGCUGGAGGACUCAUUGCUGGUCCGAGGUGUGCUUGUCGACAAGGACUUCAGCCAUCCUCAGAUGCCGAAGGAAGUGCGCAACGCAAAGCUGGCCAUCCUGACGUGCCCGUUUGAACCACCCAAGCCCAAGACCAAGCAUAAGUUGGACGUGACUUCGGCUGAGGAGUUUGAGGCCUUGAGGACUUACGAGCGAGAGCAGUUUGAGCAGAUGGUGGACCAAGUGAAGGCUGCCGGCGCCAACCUGGUCAUCUGCCAGUGGGGCUUUGACGAUGAGGCCAAUCACCUGCUACUGCAGAAGCAGCUGCCGGCUGUGCGCUGGGUUGGAGGCCCUGAAAUUGAGUUGAUUGCCAUUGCGACCGGUGGUCGCAUUGUGCCACGGUUCUCUGAGCUGACUGCCGACAAGUUGGGAUCUGCCGGAGUGGUCCGAGAGCUGUCCUUCGGUACGACAAAGGACCGCAUGCUGGUCAUAGAAGAGUGCCCCAACUCUCGGGCUGUCACAGUCUUCAUACGAGGAGGCAACAAGAUGAUUGUCGAGGAGGCCAAGCGUAGUCUGCACGAUGCUCUGUGCGUCAUCCGGAACCUUGUGAAGGACAACCGCAUUGUCUACGGUGGCGGGGCUGCCGAGAUCUCUUGUUCUCUGGCCGUUGGAGCAGAGGCAGACAAGAUAUCGACGCUGGAGCAGUACCCGUUCCGGGCCUUUGCGGAUGCCCUGGAGAGCGUGCCACUCGCCUUGGCUGAGAACUCCGGCCUCCCACCCAUUGAGACCCUGACUGAGGUGAAGGCACGUCAAGCCCAAGAGAACAACCCCUGCCUUGGCAUUGACUGUCUCGGCAAGGGCACGAACGACAUGAAAGAGCAGCACGUGAUUGAGACCCUGACGAGCAAGAAACAACAGAUCAGCUUGGCUACCCAGCUUGUCAAGAUGAUCCUGAAGAUCGACGACAUCCGGACACCAGACAACAACUAUGCCUAAUUUAAUUCACCUUAAGAGCACACAUGCGUACUGCCGUGUAAUAAAAGAAACCAAAUGCACUGUGACUGGCUCACAGGUUCCUCCAAA